AUGGCGUCCGAGGCGUCGCCGAGAGGGUUCAAAGCGCUCGCGCGCGCGCGCGAGCGUGGGCGCGCGCGAGCGAAUGGGACGCCGUGGAUGAUGUGCGCGCUCAUCGCGGUGACGCUGCUGCGCGCGCUCGUCGCGGUCGUCGGACGUGCACGACGACGGGCGCGGCGACGGAAUCAGGGGGUGGACGUCGUGGAUGGUGUGGCGGUGGGGCGGGCGUUCGCGACGCACGCGAGACGGUUCGUGGAGGCGAGGGAUGCGGCGGCGCGGGCGGCGGCGGCGCGGGCGUUCGCGCGCGACGGAUUGGGCGCGGGAAGCGAUGACGACGACGGUGUGGGCGACGCGUUCGCUCGAGGUGCGGUGCGUGCGUUUGAGGAAGUCGGAUCGGGGGAUGAUGGAGCGGGUGCGGACGCGGAUGCGAACGAGGCGCCGCGGACGCGCGUGAGAGAUGAAGCGGACGCGACGGACGCGACGGACGCGACGGACGCGCGCUCGAACGGUCGAGCCGAGCGAGGGCGAGUCGCGAUGACGAAGACGAAGACGAGCGAUCAUGACUCGUCCGUGACGUCGACGGUACCGGCGAUGCCGGCUCGACGGCCGCCGUCGCCGUCGUCGAGCGGCGUGACGACGACGUCGAUGUGCGAAGAGGACCGAGCGCUCCUGCGAGAGGAAUUAGAGGUCCGUAAACUCGAGGUGUCGAUGAGCUACUUCGCCUUGGUGCAGAAAUUUACGAGCAACGCGCUCAGGGCAGAGGGAAAUAAGAUCGCGGCAGACGUGCACGCCGAUACGAAGAAGGAUAGAGAGGAGCGAAGAAACGAGAGCGCUGUUGAAAGGUUUCAUCGCAUGACGUGCGACGCGCUCGCGAUGGGUUUAGUGACGACGUGCGCGACGAUGUUAUCGCUCGGUCGACGCGCCAUCUCGAGCGGGUACGACGGGUGGUCGACCGGGUGCGCGGCGUCCGCGCGGGCGGCGUUCCACGGCGGACGUGUGAGCGUCUUCGCGACCGCAUCGUACGCCAAGUGCGUCGUCGCGGAGAGUGCUCGAGGCGCAUUCGGUUUAGUCAUGAUUGCCUUCGUCGCAUUGAUGCUCGCCAAGAUGGACAUCACCCGCAGAUUCCGCGCCGCGCCAAUGUUCGUCCUCGCGUUGGUACUCUUUGCCGGCGUCGGCGCAUUGGGCGAACGCGCCGUUCGAGCUCUGGGUGGCGAUCCCGCGCUCUGGCUCCUCGCCUGGCGUUCAUACAUCACCGCCAUAGCGUGCGCCGUGAUCUCUGCGCCGAGCGUCGUUCGCGCCGACGGCGUCGCCGACAGCGCGUCGUUCCGCUGGUCCUUUUACGCCGUCGUCGGCGUCGGUGCCCCCACACUCGUCGCCCGCGCAGCCUUCGGCGCCGCCGCGAGUGACGUACCGAUGUUUGACACUCUCAAAUCCUUCCUUAGCCUCUAUCUCCCCGGUCGCGAGUCCCCGAAGACCGCUGGAAGACUGUAUUACGUGUAA